AACAAAUAAAUUUUUUGACAUAUGCGCUAACAACAGCGCUCCAAAACUACUAUAAAAAGAACCCUUCUCAUCGCACCAUGGAAAGCCAAGACUCAAUGAUGUCUACAACACACUUGCUAGUAUUCCUACUUGGAGUGGUGACUCUCACCACUCCCACAUUUGGUACCUACGAGUCACCAAAUUAUGGGAAACCCCCUACUCCUGAAUUCAAGCCUCCCAAGGUGAAACCACCACCAUAUGAACCUAAGCCACCAGUGUAUGAACCACCAAAAAAGGAGAAGCCUGAACCUAAGCCACCGGUUUAUGCACCUCCAAAGAAAGAGAAGCCUGGACCCAAACCACCAGUGUAUGAACCUCCAAAGAAGGAGAAGCCUGAGCCAAAGCCACCAGUUUAUACACCUCCAAAGAAAGAGGAGCCUAAACCUAAACCACCAGUAUAUGAACCUCCAAAGAAGGAGAAACCUGAGCCAAAACCACCGAUUUAUACACCUCCAAAGAAAGAGAAACCUGAACCCAAACCACCCGUAUAUGAACCUCCAAAGAAGGAGAAGCCCGAGCCAAAGCCACCGGUUUAUACACCUCCAAAGAAAGAGAAACCUGAACCCAAACCACCAGUGUAUGAACCUCCAAAAAAACCUCCAAUGUACGAACCUAAGCCACCAAAACCACCGGUUUAUACACCUCCAAAGAAAGAGAAACCUGAACCCAAACCACCAAUGUAUGAACCUCCAAAAAAGCCUCCAAUGUAUGAACCUAAGCCACCAAAGCCACCGGUUUAUACACCUCCAAAGAAAGAAAAACCAGAACCCAAGCCACCAAUGUAUCAACCUCCCAACAACCCACCAAUAUAUGAGCCAAAACCACCUAAGCCACCAGUUUAUGCACCACCAAAGGAAGAAAAGCCAAAACCUAAACCAUCAGUUUAUGAGCCUCCGGCACAUGAGCCACCAUACGGUCACUAUCCAGGACAUCCACCGUUGGGGAAGCCUCAAUAGAAUGCUCCCAUCGACUAGCCAUUCCCAACAAUUGAGCUACUAGAAAAAUUAGUAUUUAUAAUAAGAGGAACUGCCGGCUGAUGUUCUGUUUUAUUCUUGUAUGGAAUGUAGUAAUGUUUUCUUUCAUGUUUGAAGAGAGACCAGUUGCUCAUGGCUGUACUCAUUCGAAUGUUUAUUCUGUAUCUUCUUCUUUUUCAAUGAGCAAUAUCCUGAUGAUUUCAAAUAAA